CUUCUUCCAAAUCUUCAUCGUGCCAUAUUGGCGGAGCUCGCGCGAGGCACUGCUUGUCCCUGCAAAAUCCUGCAACACAACGCCUCUUUACCCUUAGCCAGAGGUUAUCAAAAUGUGCAACCUGAGGGCUGAGUACUAUAUAAACCCUCAAGUCAUCCAAUGGUGGGAGGAGCGCGGCAAGAUGUGGGGCCCCAUCCUGUCGGGGGCCCUGUUCGGCGCGGGCUGGUGGUUCUGGGUGGAUGCCGUGUGCAUCAACCAACACAAGAUUCCCUUUGACCAGUACCUGCCCGGCCUGAUCGCCACUCUGGCGCUCAUCAUGAUCAACUGCAUCCGCCGCGACGACCUGGUGGAGAUAGACCCCUUCGAUGACGCCUCAUUUUGCAGGUCCCGGUUGUGGCUGUUCGUGUCGUACAUCGUGUCGUUUGCCUCCAUUGUUGCGGCGGUGUGGGUCAUGCUGGCGCACUACGCACACAACGCUGACCUCUCACCAGCCGACAAGUGGCCGGGAGCGGCCGGCAUCUUCCAGGUGACCUUCAUUCUGGGCAGCGGGCUGUUGUUCUUUGUCAGCCGCACGCCGACAGACACAGGCGGCUACAGCUCGUUUUAAGCAGGAUGGUGGUUGCUGGUGAUGGGAAUGGUCGUGAUGGGGGUGGUGGUGAUGGCGGUGGUGAUGCAUGGGACGAUUUUGUACUGUGAGGGGCAGGAUGUGCAAGCGAGUGUGGCGGUAGCGUACGAUGAGGGGAAGAACCAAGUGUGGGCCCGGGGAGGCGGCAGGCGUGGGGUACGUGAGGGAGCAGGUGGGGGCUCGGCGGGGGGGGGGGGGUUCCCUGUGGCAAAGAGCAGGCGGGGCAAACUUGGGUGACCGGAGCACGCGUUGUCGUGGACAUUGUGGGUACGGCAUGGUAGCCAUACGUCGGACUGUGUGAAUUGUUAGCGGCUGCGCGUGCGCGCAUCUUGGUAGUGGAGGGGGCGGGAAAGGCCACGUGGAAUAAGAGAGCGCAGCGCCGCCCAAGAAGCGGCGCAAGCGCGCAGGCUGAGGAGCCGGCUGCCGGCUGGUGUCUAGGUAGCGGUCCGCGGUGGGGCUGGCAGGGCAUGCGUAGCGGCAUGACACGUAGUGCGGCUGUUGACAAUUAUGCUGCGUCUGGCUGCGGUUGGCUCUGCUGUGGCAUCGCGACUGCUAGAUAGGCACCUGGUUUGGCUAUGUGCCUGUGGAAACCGACCUCGGCUAUGUCCGGGCGAUGAGGUUGUUCGGCCUCAGACUGUGGAGGGGCUCAGCCCCUUUUCCCGUGACCGGGGAACACUUUGUCUGUGGGGUCCGGCUGCAGUGGGACUGUGGGACAACAGGGGCACAGCCACCGCACGUGCUGUUGUGGGUUGACGCUGCGCUUGGACUUUGCCGACAUGCGUGCGAGCAACAAGACGAAGGACCUAAACCUUACAUCGUGCUCCUUGCAUGUGUUGUGUGGUGGCCGUGUGGGCAUCCCAGUACCGGGCUACCGGCUGUACCGCUGGGGCUGUGUUGACAAAUGCAGUGAAGCCUGAUGUGGAUGCUCACAGAGUGCCAGGGGGGCAUCGCGCUGAUGGAUAAUACGGUAACAGGAUG